AUGGCUUCCAUUAUGCAGCUUGCUCUCCUCUUCCUCGUUUCUUCUUCCCUGAUGUUCGGGAUGGGUGCGGCGGAGUGCAACGGGCACAACGUGUGUUCGCCGUUCGAGAUGCCGCCGUGCGGCGACGGGAGCGGCUGCCGGUGCGUCCCCUGGGGGCUGGUAGCCGGCCAGUGCAUCCACCCCACUUCGUUGGGCCUCCCGGAGGUGGCGAAGAAGAUGGAGGCCCACCCCAACCUGUGCCUGUCCGACGGUGAGUGCCUCAAGAAGGGAAGCGGCAACUUCUGCGCCCGCUUCCCCAACCCCCACGUCGAGCACGGCUGGUGCAUCGACUCUGCCGCCGCCCUCUCCGCUUUCUUCAACCUCAAUACCACCGCGGCAUAAUUAUCGUCUCUAUUUGGGUGUGAUGGUGUAUUUGCUUGCUAAAUAAAUGUCUUUUUUAUUUCUUGAAUAAAUGCUUUAUUUGUUG